UAACGGAAUGCGUCAGUUACGUAGCUAGCGUUGUUAGCAAAUAACAGUCUUCUGUUGUUACGUUGCUCGUAGACCCGGUUAGUUAAAUCUACUUACUAUACUUACUUAGUCCUGUACGCGGCUCCGUGUGGCGGCUGGGUCGCGGCUGGCAGCUGUCGCGUCUUCACCGUGCGGACUGUAGCCGGCGUCAUGUGGACAACAUUAGCUUGGGAUUCGCUGCGGCUGAAGUAGCUAACUGUAGCGGGCGGGCUAGCGUGCAGGAGGACAGUGUGACUCGGAGGGAGGAAGGAAGCUGAUAAGUUGGAUCACCGCGCGCCGCCGCUUAUGCAAAGCCAGCGCACUUUUUGUCCCGACUCCCGAGUUCACCGUGUGACGCAUGCAGAAGAGGUGACUUUCUGCUUAGCCCCGGGUGACAUUUAGCACGGUUUUGGUUUCUUGAGAAAUCGCAGUUAGAUGGCGUAGCUGGCUGUCAGCAUCGGUCACCCCCCCACCCGGCUAGCUGUACAGCGGGGAAGAGCUAGCACGGUAGCCUCAAACUUCUCGAGAAGUUGUGCAAGUCAGGUAGAGCGAUCAUCUGACUGAUUUAAAGCGACGAUCAGAUCGGUGUUAUAAACGUGUCACUGACGGACUCUCUCCGCGCCCAACCCGCCCCAGCCACAGGACAGGUUCAUGGCAUCGGACGUGAUAGAGAGUGAAGCCGUGCUAAAGGGGGUAGGUGAUAUGAAUUUGAACAAUAGCAACCCAGACUGUGUCACACCCAGGACGACUCACGAUGAGCGGGGAGACAAACUGGCCUCCAGCCCCUCGCCUUCUGGGGUGUCGGGAGAAGGCAAUGGGGAGGAAGUGGAGGAUUUACAAAGUAGCCCGGUGCCUCCUGUCAAAAAUGGCGAAGAGGCACUUCUAGAGAGUCCAGCCAAAACAAGAGGUACGCCACAGGAAAGGACGACUCCAGACAACGAGCAGAAACAGCCUGGAGCAAGAAGCUCUACCCCGGUGAGCCUGCCCCAGCCACGUUCACCGCCUGGACCCAUUGGAAGUUUUGAGCGCCAAGAGUCAGUCGCCACAACAGAAGCCCGCUUACGCAUGGAAGGAGUGGAACUUAAGGAAGAGUGGCAGGAUGAGGACUUUCCACGGCCCCUACCAGAGGAGGAGGAGCUUGAAGAUGAACUUUUUGCUGGGACGUCUGAGGAGAGAGACCCGGAUUAUGUAAUGGACCAUGGCAAGAAGCCAAAGAAAAAGCUUUCAGCUCCGAACAUCAGCCUGACGUUUGACCGCAGUGAGGGUUCGCUUCUCUCUGAUGAGCUGGAUGAAAGUACAGAGCUUGACCUUGAUGACAUUGACACACCCUCAGACAACAGCAAUGAGUUUGAAUGGGAAGACGAUCUCCCAAAACCAAAAACCACCGAGCUGCUUCAGAAAGGUGUGGAGUCGGUUCAGGACUUAUCGGCCUCGGAGGAAAGGGAGGAGGGUCGACGCUGGAGGGUGUUUCGUUUCGGAGACCAGGAACACAGAGUGGACAUGAAAGCCAUUGAACCUUACAAGAGGGUUAUCAGCCAUGGAGGUUACUAUGGAGACGGUUUGAAUGCCAUAAUUGUGUUUGCUGUCUGCUUUAUGCCUGAGAGCAAUCAACCAAAUUAUAGAUACAUCAUGGACAAUUUAUUCAAGUAUGUCAUUGGCACACUGGAGCUUUUGGUUGCUGAGAACUAUAUGAUAGUGUAUUUGAAUGGGGCGACCUCUCGGAAAAAGAUGCCAACUGUCGGCUGGCUCAGAAAGUGUUAUCAGCAGAUUGAUAGGAGGUUAAGAAAGAACUUGAAGUCUUUGAUAAUUGUCCAUCCGUCUUGGUUUAUUCGCACCCUGCUGGCACUCACAAAACCUUUCAUAAGCACCAAAUUUAGUCAGAAAAUCAAGUAUGUGUACAGCUUGACAGACCUCGCAGGGCUGGUUCCUAUGGAGUAUGUGUCCAUACCAGAUUGUAUCAAGCAGUUUGACGACGAAAAAAACAGGAAUAGCCGUAAAAGGUAUUUGCACUUUCACCCAGGAUCAGUGUCAGUUUUUUUUCUAGAGCUCGACCGAUUUACUGGUUGGCCAAUGUUAGCCUUGUUGUGCUGUCAGCAUUUAUGUUUGUCGACAUGCACCAAUAUGAAAAAUUGGAUUUUACAGGAUAAACGAUGCAGAAUAUAAUUGCAUUUGUAUUAAUGCUUUAAUUAAUUUAUUUUCCAGCCGAUAAUAUUUGUAUCUGCAUCUGUCCCCUACAAUCCAUAUCGGUCGGGCUCUUUUUUUUUUUUGCUUUUCACAAAACUAACAAUAAAAUUGUAUCCAUUGGCUUUUAGAAAAGCACCAAGACAUCUCAUUCUCUCUACUCUUUUUUAUUAAAUGAUACCUUUUGGCCAAAAUCCACUGUCCUCUAAUUGUAUUUUGUAUUGUCCAGCAUUUUAUUCUGAGUAGAUUUAGGGCAUUCCUAAUGAACAGACUGAGUAGCUGCUUGAUUGGUUUCCAAAAAUAGGUGGCUUGUUGAUUGUUUAACUCAACUGUUGCUUUAACAAUAUCAACUCCCCGAAUAUGGUUAAAUAUACCGUGUACGUCUAUACAGCUGAGUUGUUUUUUUUUGCCAGAUACUGUUGAACUUUAUUGUUAUGCAGACCUGAGCUGGGCGAUUAAUUGAAUUACAAUCAUAAUUAUGGCUUCCAACGAUUAUGAAAACAAAUAAUUGACAUAAAACAAUUAUUAUUCCGCGUUUUGUUUUGCAAUGAAGCGCUCGUUGCCGGUCUUGCCUUAUGACGCACGGGGCACACUGCCUGCGGGAGCAGCGCUUGGCUGCGCCGCGUUAUGCUGUGUGAGGUUUCUGCUAUAACGACUGUAUUUCCUUUGAUAAAAGUAGGGCUAUGCACUCAACUAAAUGCUAGGACAAUACAGCGGCCCACCAUUACAAAAUCAUUGCUGUGGCUGCUGCAGGAUUGCGGCAGACACACAUUACAGUCAUGGUAUUCUUGUACCGUGCUGUAUUACCGUGCUGUAUUACCUUGCUGCCGCAUGACCUCACUCCCCCGCUGACUUGCACUCUCUUUACACGUUAACAAUGUGCACCAGCACUAAUCAGAGUACUUAAAGUUUUAAUUUGUGUUCGUUUUAUUUGCCAUACAGUUUAUGAGAUGUGUGUUUAAACACAAUGGGGGAAAAAAUCCUACAUUUUUAGCGCAUUGCAGUUCAACUGUCAGUUUGUGUGACGAGCAAUGGAGACGAGUAGACACACACACACACACACACACAUACACACACACACACAC